CAAGUAAAGCUGGAAUGACUUUCGCAGGGCACAAGUCAGUUUAAUAACUGCAAGACAAGCACGCCAUACGCGCGUGAGGAGCGCUGGCUUGAACGCCGUCCUGCGCGCUUGACCGCGAGAGGCUACAGCUCGCGGGCACUCACGUGACGCGCUGUGCCGCUGGCUGGGGGGAAGCGUGUUAGCAGAUUUUUCUAUUUUGUACAUACGCCAUUUUGUAUAUACUGUACGGCGAUGACCUCAUUAGGCGAUCGAUCUUGGGGCCCUCGGGACAAAGUUUUGCCCACAACGACACAAGCUUCACAGACUCAGAGACAGAUUCAGGCCACAGCAGAACAGAUCCAGCUGGCCCAGAUGAUCUAUGACACAAAUGAUGCAGAUUUUGAGGACAAAAUCAAACAGGUGAUAGAGGUCACAGGAAAGAACCAAGACGAGUGUGUGGUGGCCCUACAUGACUGCAAGGAAGACAUUAUCAAAGCCAUCAACUUCCUUCUGGAAGGGAGCUCAGAUGUGACUUCAUGGGAGACUGUGGGACGGAGGCGUGUCCCUGGGAAGGAAAGCUCCUCUACAGAGAACAAGGAGAACCGGGAGAAGAGGAUGGAUAAGGAGGCCUCACGGGGCCGUGGGGAGGCAAACAGGAGAGACAGAGGGGCCAACCACAGCCGGGAGGUGAAGUCAGAAGAAAAUGGGAUUGACAGUGGUCCUGGAGAUAGGGACUCGGACCGCAGUGGCUGGGGAAAAGGCAGAGGUCGCGGACGGGGUUCAGCCCGUGGGGGCAGCUGCUUUUCUGCACAGGGAAUGGGGACGUUUAACCCAGCCGACUAUAACCCAGCCUCAUCCAAAAGGCAGGUGGAGACUCGAGGCACAGGGUCCUGGCAAAACCCGUUGGAUGACUGGGCUGUGGAGGACUGGAAUGAAGAUCUGUCUGAGACCAAAGUGUUCACUGCAUCUUCUGCACCUGUGACUGAGCACUACGCCACUGCUGUACAGAGUCUGGAUCUGGCCUCUCUGCUUCAGAAACCAAAUGGAGAGCUGGAGCUGGACAGCACAGAGCCCCACCCCCCCCAGGCCUUGGGCCAUAGCCUGGUGUUUACCAACUCACACCAUCAGCCCCCCAGUGGAGGCCCUGCCCUUAGCUAUGCACAUGCUGCCCUGUCCUCUGUCUUGAGGGAUGCUGAUGGGCCAAAGCUGAGCCCUUCGGCCGCAGUGCAGACUUUGGAGCAGAUGAAGGAGGAGGGGCCAGGUCCCAGCCAGCCCCCCAGCAGCUCUGCCAUAGGCUCUGCAGCGUCACAUGGGCAGGGGGCCUCAAGUUCCAGCUCCUCCUUCCAAUCUGUGGCCGCCCAGUUCAGCAGAAACUUUGGGACCCAGCCAGAACCUUCCCUGGUUUUGAGUCAGCUGACUCACAGGCAGCAGGACGUCGGCUCUUGCACGAAGCCCAGUGCCUUGGCACAGCUAGCUAGUCCAUCCAUCCACGUUGUCCCUUCCACCCUGGAGUCCUCCAAACCCAGAGAUUCAGAGGGAUCCUCCCCGAGUGGCAGGUCUGACCCCUUGACCACCUCUGUGCUCGAGUCCCAGGUCUGCUCUACACAACAGAGGCAGCCGAAGAUACAGAAACGCAAGAUACCUCCAGCAUCAAAGAUUCCCGUAUCAGCAGUUGAGAUGCCCGGGUUGGCUGAUAUCUCUGGGCUCAAUGUGCAGUUCGGAGCUCUGGAUUUUGCCUCAGAACCAGCAUUACAGGAGUGGAUCCAACCAGAAAAUGGGCCCAACAGCAGCGUCCCAGAAGCGGCACCAGCAGCACAUGCUCAGAACCGGCACCUGAGACCCCCCCUCAGUUAUCACCAGCCCCCUGUGUCUCUGUCUGAUCUUCCCUCUCUCGCCCUGGGAAGCUCUGGACCCGUGUACUCUCCCCCCUUCACCCCUGGUUUUGAGGGGAGCCUGCCCCCCGUUUCCUGCCCGGCCUUCACCCACAGCCAGGACACGGACCCCUCUGUUGUCUCGAAUGGAUGUCAUGGUGCCAAGACGUCACCCGCAGCAGACUCUCUGCCCAGCACUACCACCCCCAAAGCAGACAGUCCCUCUCAGGCCCCUUCCAGUGGUACAGCUGCCCCAUUGGUGCCCACAGACAGCAGCGUGCUGCCCGUCCGGGUACCUGAAGCACUGGCUGACCACAGCAGUGCCAUGUUAAAUGGAAGUUCUUCCAGCUGUGCGUCCUCCUCUGUAUCGAACUCCAGUGUGGACACCCCAAACUGCCUGUCAGGGUCAGACCCUGGGGCUGUCAGUGGUUGGGCCAUGGCCUCAGGUGGCCUCGGUCUGAUUGGAAACAGGACAGCAGUGCCUUCGAUGUGUCGCACGGCACCACUGCCACCAUCAUCAAAUAAAGCCCCCCCAAACCUCACACAGGGGGUGCCGCCGCUGCUUCCCAGUCAGUACAUCGUUGGCCCGGGGGGGCUUCUUCCUGCAUACCCGGUCCCUAAGCAGAUCUAUGGCUAUGAAGACCUCCAUGCACUACAGUCCCGACUCCCCAUGGAUUACUAUGGGAUGGCUUUUCCAAGCCCUGCUGUGCCACUUUCGAGCAGAGAAGGAAAUCUACCCAAUAGCUCUUAUUCAGGCGAAGUAACAAAGUUUGGGAGGGCUGACUCACCAGCCCCGGCCCCCACCAUGUCGACACCCCUGCCUACACAGCCAGCACCGCCUCCCCAGAACCAGCCGCAGAACCACAACUCCCAGCAGACGUUUCUCAACCCAGCCCUACCCCCUGGUUACAGCUACCCUGGCAUACCCUACUACCCCAGUAUGGCAGGGGUCCCCGGCACCUUUCAGUACAGCCCCACCGUGUUUGCACCUCCUGCCUCGGCCAAGCAGCAGGGAGUGGGGCUCGGGGGGGGGCCCGGGCCUUUGCAGCAGCAUUCGUAUGGCUCAGGGUAUGACAAUCUGACACAGGGCCCCCCAGGCACGGGGGAGUACAAUAAAGGAUACAAUGGUCUCUCCCAGGCACAGGCAAAAAGUUCUGCUGCAGGUUCAGGAAAAGUCGUCUCUGUGACAUCCAGCUCUGGUGCAACAGACAGUAGUGCUUCAGUUUAUAAGACCCAGGCCUUUGAUAAGCAGGGUUUCCACACUGGGACGACGCCACCGUUCAGUCUGCCACCGGCACUGGCCAGUUCUGGGCCCCUGAAUCCAGGGGGAGGCCCGGGUUAUGCUCCAGCCCCCUUCCUCCACAUCCUCCCAGCACACCAGCAACCCCAGGGCCACCUGGUGCCCCAGCCUCUGCCGCAGGACAGCCAGGGCAGUCAACGCACCCAGUCCAUGUCUCAGGCCACCAAAGCUACCUAUGGAAGCUCCCCUUACUGGGGCAACUGAGACAUGGCAAGGGGUAUUUUUAUGAAGAACCAGCCCAUGACAGGCAUCGUGACUGGAAGGACAGACUGACACCACACAACUAAUACAGCAGAAACACAACUGGGAGCUUCACUUUUCUUUCUAAGGACUGAAGUUAAGAAAUAUUCCUGGUGGAUGACACAUCCCCUGUCAUUGUUGCUCACCAAUAAAAGUUGAGCUGUUCCUUGUCCCUAA